UCAUGGCACAUUCAAGGUAUGUCGUUAUUCUCGCCCUUGUAAUGUUGGCCAUGAUUGGUCUUGCCUAUGCUGCAGAUGCACCAGCACCUAUUGAAGAUGACGGCGAUGAAUAUCUUGUUGGAACUAGAAGCGGGGAUCCUCCUUCAGCAGGCGGUAUUGUGGCGGGACCCAUUGGUGGACCCGUGCCUCCUGGUGCCUUCGAUAGUACUGCGCCCGCACCUAAUGCCGCCUCUACCGUCUACUUCUCCACCGUCGCAGGAACGGCUGCAACUGCUGCAAUCGCUGGCUUCUUCUACUUUUGA